GUCAAUAAGACAUCGCGCCGUGCGUCAGCAACCUCGGGCCUUUGGGGAUGAACAUAGCCAUGGCAACUGCACUAGCCCCCUUUUUUCCAUAUAAGACUGUUGCGAGAAGACCGUCAGCAUCACCGAACUUCUCAGGAACUCUCUUCGCCCGUACAUCUCGUUAACAAGAGUCCAAAAGUCACUCGUUCAUCAACCAAAACCAACCUCAUUCUCUUAUUCAACAUGCAGUUCUUCCUUGCCCUCGCUGCCCUCACGCUUGGCGUGGCAGCCCAGUCCACGUCAAAAGCUGUCAGCACGGAUGGGUGCCUGGCUGACUACAUUCUCGAGCGAUGCCUCGAGACCGAAGGUCCAAAGGCCGAGAACUGCGCCAGCACCGACCUGGAGUGCCUCUGCUACGCCUACCAGGCCAUCGCGACCUGCUACAACAACUGCCCCGACGACACUCGUGCUGCCCCUGCGAGGAACCAGGUGACGGCUUACUGCGCCCAGGUCACCCUGACCACCGCCACCCCGGCCAGCACCGUGGCCCGCCAGACCACGACCGAGGAGGCGACCAUGACCCAGACUGAGAGCCGCUACACAAACACUGCGACCUUUAACAUGGACAUCCCUGGGGAGACUGGCAACGCGGCGGCUGAUGUCGCUGCUUGGAAGGCAGGCAGCGUUCUUGUUGCAAUGGCUGGUGUUGCCGCCGUGGCCAUCUAAACGGGUGGACUAUCAUCCUGUUCAAAAUAUCUCACAGACAUACCACUUAAUGUAAUUCAUCCAUUCAGACGCAUCACUUUGUGCGCGGUACUCGUGAGGCAGCCUCUUGGCAUUCAUCUCUUGCUCCAUAUAGUAUGUACAUAACAGAGGCAAGCGUCGUACAGAAAAGCCCCUAGUGCUGAUAACUUCUUUCCCCUGCGUUGAACUCUGGCUCUCUUGCAUGUCCGUCUCCGAAAUUUGCCUGGAGGGCUGCGACUAACCUGCGCUGCAAUAAACAGUCUAUCUUCCCUCAUUCCCCAUUG